AUGGAGAGAAGAGAGGACCCCUGCAGCUCAAACUACUUCGUCGAAAGCCCUUCAACAGUUUUUCAUGACCCGGAAUCCGAAUUCCAAUCCCCGACUCGAUCUGACUCAGCGCUAUUGGUCCUAUCCUGCGUCAAUAACGAGUUUCCAAGGCACUCAGAUUUCUUGAGAAAUCCUGAAAACAAAUGCUUGUAUGAGGACGAUGAGAAAAUGUUGGUGCCACCAUUGCAAAGCUCCAAUUCGGGUUGGUGGAUCGUUCUGCAAAUAGGCUGGAGGUUCUUGUUUAGCUUUGGGGUGGCAUUGCUUGUCUUCUACAUUGCUACUCAGCCUCCUCAUCCUAACAUUUCUUUCCGAAUUGGAAGGUUUAACCAGUUCAUGUUAGAAGAAGGCGUGGAUUCACAUGGUGCUCCAACUAAGUUCCUCACUUGCAAUUGCUCUACCAAGCUCAUAGUAGAUAACAAGUCUAAUGUCUUUGGCCUUCACAUCCAUCCUCCAUCUAUCAAAUUCUUCUUUGGCCCACUCAACUUUGCAAAAGCGCUAGGACCUAAAUUAUAUGCGUUGAGCCAUGAGUCGACAACAUUUCAGCUAUACAUAGGAACAAAGAACCGGGCAAUGUAUGGGGCAGGAAGAGAGAUGGAUGAUAUGCUUCAAUCGAGAGCUGGAUUGCCUCUAAUACUGAGGAUGAGCAUAAUUUCCGAUUUUCGAGUUGUCUGGAAUAUUAUAAACCCUAAGUAUCAUCACAAGGUCGAGUGUUUAUUGUUCCUUGCUUACAACGAUAUGCACAUCGAGGUUAUGGUGAUAAGAGAAAAAUGCAGAUUGGUAUCUUAAUGAGAGAUUAUAUCCAAAUUAAGCCUCAAUGCAUUGGCAAGUGCAUGAAAAUAUAAUAAUACAUGCCAUGAUUAACUUAUGUAAUGUCAAAGUCUUUUUAUGGGAGAAAUCGAAAUUCAAUCGGGGCACACAAUUUGUAUU